AUGAAUUUUUACUUUUCUGAACGCUGGGAAGCCUGGCUCCGACUUUGGGCUCGGGAGCCGGAGCCGUACCCAAAAUUUCCGGCUCUGGCUCUCGGCUCGGAGCCGGAGCCGUGGCAAUCUCUGGUACGGAAGAGAUAAGGCUGAUAAAAUGGCUGACAAAGGCCCAUUACAAACAAAUAUUCGGCAGAUCUUGAGCAACCAAUUAGCCCCGUAAACUAUGUAAUUUUAAUUCAUCGUUCUUUGCCCAAUAUUCGAACAAAGGUGUGCCUCAGACACAGAGAAUAAACCAAGCUUUGUGCUCUUUUCGAGUUCGAUUCUUUAGAUAAUGCCUUCUAAUUUGUUCAUUCCUAUUUUUCUCUGCUUUUCUAUCAUAAAUUCAACUAAAAAUCGUUAUGAACAAAGUGCAGAUUAAUCGGUACUUACUGAUCACUCUGAUUUAUACGGCAAUUCUCACAUUUUUCUGUUUAGUUGCAAAUUUUUGUCCUAAAUUGGCAAGGGAUUUCUCAAAAUAUGAAGAACAGGUGGGUCAGAAAUUUUGAGAAUUAAGUUUUGGGGUCUGAGGACUUAAUGAUGACAUUAUUGAGACAUUUUAAGGGUACUUUUUUGAUAAUUCUACAAGUGGUUACGUGUAUUGGAGCUCUUUAUUAUCUGUUCAUAACUGGAAUUCUCUAUCGUGAAAGGGAUACGUUGAAUCUAACGCGGCCAGGCUGUGUUUCCUCGUUUUCAAGUGAGUGGGAGUCAUUGUAGGAAAGCAGAUGAAUUCUCCCCGCUUUGAUCAUAAUUUAAUUUGUUCUACCGACUUUCAGUUUUUGUCCGCAUAAUCGGCCCAUUGAUGCUGUGCGUUACGAUCAUGGUAAUCUCAUUUGACGAUCCGCCCAUGUUGAAAGUGGCGCUUUGGAUCGGCUUAAUUUUCCUGCUGAAUUUGAGUCAACUGGCGAUAUUAUUGUUGAGAUUUCUUGUUAGCCGAGAAAAUUAA